AUGUGUGCAAAUUGUCCACCAAAAGAAUAUAUUAGUGAUCCUAUUGCAAAGAAAUACGCUGUAGAAAUUUUUCGUCUUCCUAAACUACACCGUAGCCUUAAUCCAAUUGAAUUGUCAUGGAAUAAUCUGAAACAGUUUGUUCGUGACCAAAACAUAACAUUUCGUCAGAAUGAUGUAAAACAAUUGAUUGAGCAACUUAUGGUGGCGAUGGACCAUAAACGUGCAAGUUCAUAUGUUCAUCAUGUUCGUGGAGUCGAAGAGAUGUGUAAAAGAAAAGCAGAUGCACUUAUGGAAGAGGAAAUCGAACCACAUAUACAAUCUGACAGUGAAGAAACAGAUUCUGAUGGCGGUCAGGAAAAUGUGAAAUAG